UCACAACAUUAAAAAUAUAACUCAAAUGAAUAUUUGAUGAUGACAUGUUUGCAUUUUGUCUGUGUGUCAGCUGGUGUGAUAAAGCUUGUCAUUGGGAUCAUUGGAAUCAUUGGGAUCAUUGGGAUCAUUGUCAUUAUCAGGGUGCUUGUUAGGUGUUACAUUACUUGGAAAAAGGACAUGAAGGUACAGCACAGAUCAUCUACACUGACUUCCUGUUGUCUCAGAAAGGGGAAUUCCGAGGCAGAGUUAACAGAGAAAGCAGAGAUUACCCUGGUUGACAUACCUCCUGCCACUGAUCUACAGGAGAGUGGUGGAAAUGAUCCUGAGCAAGAUGACACUCUAAAAACUGUGCAUGUUCACAGUGUUGAUCCUAAGACUGAUGGCAACAGUCCUUACACCAACGGUCUGGACCACAACUUGAACAAUGAGUCAACUGAAAAUGGCAACAUAAAAGCCCCUGAUGUUAACAGAGCCAUGAACAGGGACUUGAGGGAUGAUCCAGGAGGAAGCGACGUUGUGACGGUCACAGACAUGCACAGUGGAUGUGUGUGUGAUGAUUUCGGUGAUUGUGGUCGUGAAGAUCAUGAGGCAGAAGGAGAGUCGCUGUUGCCGAAUGAGCGAGCUAACAUCCAAGGUCCUGACAUGACAGGUGGAGCCGAAGCUUUUGUGAACAAGUGCGGCUUUGACCCAGACCAGGUCAGCAGGUGCUUUGCUGCACCAAACACUGACGUGGAGUCUACACCCAAGAUGAAGAACGUUAUCUAAAUAAAUACUAAACAAUAGUAGUAAUAAUAAUAAUAAUAAUAAUAAUAAUAAUAAUAAUAAUAACCUAUAUUAUAUAACCAACAUUAAGUAUUCUCACUAUCGGUGUAUUGGGUACAUUUACUGGGAACUCCUUUGGGAUCAAGUCAAGCAAUUUUGUUUAAAUGAUAAUUCUUUUCCCACAAUGCUUUUCUCUCUUGAUCAGCAUGUCUUUUUUCACAGCGUUUGAAAAUAUAUUUUUUUACAAGCCUCAUUAGAUGAACAUUACAUUUUGUAAUCAUUACAUCAGACAAUGAUUACAUUAACUGACAGUUAUCACAAUAUAGCUUCAUCAAUCAAAUGGAAGACACUGGUCUCAUUAAAAUAAUACUAAUAAUAAUGAUGGGAUUUUUUUUUUUUUUUUACUGAGAGUAUUAAAUGCUUGGCUUGACGAAAGGAUGGGUGGACCUGUCAGAAAAUGUAUCCCAUACACAGGUGAGACAACUUAAUUAAUGCACCUAUACAUCAGAUAUGAUGUAAUGUAUGGCAUAAAUAAAUAUUUAUAAAAUAAACUGAUAUAUCUUAUAUAAAAUAUUC